AUGUUCUUCUUCUUCUUCUUCUUCUUCUUCUUCUUCUUCUUCUUCUUCUUCUUCUUCUUCUUCUUCCUCUUCUUCUUCUUCUUCUUCACCCCCACGCUGCCCCACCCCGCAGGCUGGUGGAAUGAGUCCGUUCACCCUCGUAGCCUAGAAUGUUCGUUUCGUUUUAAACAAUCCCAGGAGCUACCGGCCGGUACGAGGGACGGCGCUCGUCGCUUGGGAACUGGGGCGCUACAAGGUGGACCUCGUUGCACUUAUCGAGACCAGGUUCUCCGAAGAAGGCCAACUAGAGGAGGUGGGUUCUGGAUACGCCUUUUGGAGCGGUCGUCCCAAGGCAGAGAGACGGGAGGCUGUCGUUGCCUUUGCCAUCCGGAACGACCUCGUGAGAAGACUGCUCUUUCUACCGCAGGGCAUCAAUGAAGUCUUUUUGAGCUUUCGCCUGCCGCUCCAUCAUCCGCGUUUACGCCUCCCAAUGACCAGCUCUGACGUGGCAAGGAAUAAGACCUGCUGGUGACAAAGGCGAUCCGCGAUGUCAACGGGUAGGCCGACCAUCGCUUCUUACUUUCCAAGAUGAGGAUUCCCCCCACUGCCACUCAGGAGACCUCAAGGUGUGGGACCAACAUAUAAAUUGAAUAUUGUCUUGUUGUCGCUGCCUGCUCCCCAUUUCCAUUUCAGCAAUUAACUCGCCAAAAGGCUAGCCAUCCUUCCAGUUGUCGCCCGUGAGGACGCGUACGUGGAGAACCGAUGGUGCUAACUGAGGGACACGAUCCAGUCAACCGCCCUGGCUGUCCUCGGCUGCGCUCGCCGUCAACAUCAAGAUUGGUUGGACGACAGUGACCGCCAUCAUCAAUCUACUCGCUGAGAAGAAUCGUCUGCACAAACCUGUGUCAGCCACCCUACUAACGGCACUAAAGCAGCAUUCUACCGUAGUAGCCGCCUUCUGUAAUGGCGGCUGUGGGAGAUACAGGUCUUGACGGCUUGCACGACAAAGGAGAUCCAGGGCUAUGCGGAUCGCAACGAAUGGAAGAGCUUCUUCGCCGCGAUUAAGGCCGUCUUCGGUCUGCUAACUAAGGCAGCUGCCCCUCUUCUCAGCGCCGACGGCUCUACCCUACUCACUGAGAAGACGCAACUCCUACAUUGAUGGGCCAAACACUUCAAAAACAUCCUCAGCCGUCCCUCCACAAUCACAGACGCCGCCAUCGCCCGUCUGUCUCAAGUGGAGACCAACGUCGACCUCGACCUCCCACCCUCUCUACACGAAACCAUCAGGACCGUGCAGCAGCUUUUCAGCAGGAAAGCGCCCGGAUCGAACGCGAUGCCCGCUGAGAUCUAUAAGCACGGUGAAUUAUCUACUGCGCUCUUCCAGGAGAUGUGGCGCCGACCUCGACCUCUCUCCCUCUCUACACGAAACUGACAGAGCCGUGCAGUGGUUCUUCAGCGGGAAAGCGCCCCGAUCGGACGCGAUUCUACCGAGAUCUACAAGCACGGCGGCUCCCAACUCGUGAAUCUUCUGACGGCGCCUUUCCAGGAGAUGAGACUUCAAGGUACAGCCCCGCAGGCUUUGAAGGACGCCACAACCGUUCAUCUCAACAAGCGGAAAGGGAGUCGCCAAAUGUGUGGGAAACACAUGAGUAUCUCCAUCCUCAACAUCCCUGGAAAGAUCUUCAAUCGCGUUCACCUCAAUCGCCUUCAUGGCCGCCUGGAACAGGCCCUCAUGCCGAAAGCCAAUGCGGCUUCCGCCUUCAUCGAGGCAUUAUCGACAUAA